CGUACUCACACGCAUAUCAGCAAACAGAUGUCAAGUUUUUCUAUUCACACCAAUAAACAGCGGCAAGAAUAUAAAGACUGCAAGAUUAUCUAAAACUAAAGAAAUUCUUCAUAGAUAUAAUUAUUAUUAAAAUAAAAGCUGACACGUCAAUAAAAACCGACGUCCACAAAAUGAAUGAGGAAUUCAAAUUGCCCAAACGUUCGCGCAAGCGGCUUCGUGAGGUUAAACGUCGAGCCCGUCCAGAGUUGGGUGACAAAGAGGCAUGGGCAGCAUUACGUUAUUAUGAGCGUUUCGAUGAGUUUCACAAAUUUGAUGAUAAUAUUACACGCAUUAAAGAAUCUGAAGUAACUUGUGAAGAGUUUAUUGAGCGAUAUGAAAAACCCUAUAUUCCGGUGGUAAUUGAUGGUUGCCAGAAAGGUUGGCAGGCAGAGGAAAAAUGGACGGUGCCCCGACUAUCCAAGAAGUAUCGUAAUCAAAAAUUUAAAUGCGGGGAAGACAAUGAGGGAUAUAGCGUCAAAAUGAAAAUGAAGUACUAUGUGGAGUAUAUCCGGACUACGCUCGAUGAUAGUCCAUUAUACAUAUUUGAUAGUAGCUUCGGAGAACACCAUCGCCGUCGCAAGUUGCUUGAGGACUAUACAGUGCCGAUGUAUUUCCGCGAUGACCUCUUUAAACAUUGCGGUGAAGAGCGACGACCACCGUACCGUUGGUUUGUCAUGGGACCCGCUCGUUCUGGUACUGGCAUACAUAUAGACCCGCUAGGGACCAGCGCUUGGAAUGCUCUUCUUCGUGGCCACAAACGUUGGUGUUUAUUUCCCACACAUACACCCAAGGAAUUGCUAAAAGUACCUAAUGCUAUGGGCGGUAAGCAGCGCGAUGAAGCAAUAACUUGGUUCAGUACCAUUUAUCCUCGUACUAAACAACCAGACUGGCCAGCUGAUUUGCAACCCAUUGAAAUACUACAGAAGCCCGGUGAAACAGUGUUUGUGCCUGGAGGUUGGUGGCACGUAGUUUUAAACUUGGAUGAUACAAUAGCCAUUACACAAAAUUUUUGUAGCCGCACAAACUUUCCGAUCGUGUGGCAUAAAACUGUUCGAGGCAGACCUAAGUUGUCGCGAAAGUGGUUACGUGUGCUUCGCGUAAAAGAACCUGAUUUGGCUAAGCUAGCAGAGAGUAUUAAUGUGGAUCAAAGUACUGGUUUUGCAUCGGAUAGUUCCAGUAACUCGAGUUCAUCAUCCAGUUCCUCAUCAUCAUCGACAGAAAAUGAAGGUGAUGGCAGCGAUAGUGGCAGUUCUAAUACGGACAGUGGGCAAGAGAGUCUAACAGCGAAGAAAAAGAAAAAGCGACGUUUUGAAGAUGCAAUGGCGUCCAAUUCUUGAUGUCAGUUGUGUGGCAGUGAUGAAAGCACAACGAUGGACGCAAGCGUGCAGUGCGCUACAUAUGACAGCAUUCAUGGAGCUAAAACUCACGACAUUGAAUUGAACGAAAAUAAAAGCUUGACAAGAUUGCUGCAAAUGCGUUUGCGAUUGCUGCUCCAUUGCAAGAGUUAACAUUUGUAUUUCAAGACAAGAUAAUGUGUCGAUAAGCAUAAUAAAUUCAUUACAAAUUA